UCACAUGGCUCUGUGCCUCUGUUAAAUAAUAAACAAAUAAAAAAUCCGAGCUUGUCCCCAGUUAUACUAACAUAUCAUGGUGAUGAACUUCAAUAUUUUCAUAUUUCUUCUAGUACUAUGUGGCAAUAUCUUCUUGAUUUUCAGCCAAGUUCCUAUUCCGCCCAUAAAAUAUAUCUGCCCAAACACAACUUCUUACAGUCCCAACAGCACUUACAACUCUAAUCUCAAAGUUCUCCUAUCAUCUUUGUCCUCUAAUGCUUCUAGGCCUAGUGGAUUUUACAACUCAACAGCUGGUCACACAGGGUCUGAUGUAGGUUAUGGCCUAUUUUUAUGCAAAGGAGAUCUUUCCCCUGACGUUUGUCAAGAUAUGUGUGUCAAAAGCGGUUAAAGAUAUCUUGGAAAGAUGUCCAAAAAGAAAAAUUGCUGUCAUUUGUUACGACGAAUGCUUGUUGCGUUACUCGAAUCGAUCCAUCUUUGCCACAGAGGAUCUAUCAGUUCUAAAAACUUUGUACAACGAGCAAAGUGUUAGUGAACCGAAGAGGUUCUUACCACUAAUCAGAAAAAUGAUGGAUGAAAUAGCAACUGUGGCUGCAAAGGAAAAUGAUCGUUCAGGGAAAAAGUUUGCUACUAAAGAAGCCAAAUUUUCGCCAUCUGAGACAGUUUAUUCACUUGCGCAGUGCACUCCGGAUCUCUCUGAAUUUUCUUGUCAUACUUGCCUGAGAUUUGCGAUUUCGAAAUUACAGAGUAAUGGCAGGAAAGGCGGUAGAGUUAUCUUAACGAGCUGUAAUAUUCGUUAUGAGGAUUACCCUUUUUAUAACAUUAUUGCUGUCGCGCCACCACAGGGAAAAAGGGGAAUUGCAUCUGGAGCAAUCAUUUCCAUAGUUGUUCCAAUUGCUGUUUUAAUUCUACUGUUCAUUUUUGGUUUCUGCUGGAUAAGAAGUAGAGCUUCGCGAGAACUCAAUGUAGUAGAAGAGAUCACAGAUGCAGAUGAGAUUUCAACAGUUGAAUCCUUGCAAUAUCACUUGAACACUAUUCGAGCUGCCACGACAAACUUCUCUACUGACAACAGAAUUGGUGAAGGUGGAUUUGGUGUUGUCUACAAGGGUAUACUUCCUGAUGGGCAAGAGAUAGCUGUGAAGAGGCUAUCAGGAAGCUCAAGGCAAGGUAGAGAGGAAUUUAAGAACGAGAUCGUAUUGAUUGCGAAGCUUCAACACAGAAAUUUAGUGAGACUAUUGGGAUACUGCUUUGAAGGAGACGAAAAGCUACUUGUCUAUGAAUUUGUCCCCAACAAAAGCUUUGACUAUUUCUUAUUUGAUCCUGAAAAGCAACAACUACUGGAUUGGUUGAGACGUUACAAGAUUAUAGGAGGGAUUGCGCGUGGACUACUUUACCUUCACGAGGAUUCUCGUCUAAGAAUUAUACAUCGUGAUCUCAAAGCAAGCAACAUACUAUUGGAUGCAAAAAUGAAUCCCAAAAUAUCAGAUUUUGGAAUGGCAAGAAUAUUUGGUGAUCAAACUUCAGAAAUUACAAGCAGGAUUGUUGGGACUUACGGUUAUAUGUCACCGGAGUAUGCUAUGCAUGGACAAUACUCUGUUAAAUCUGAUGUUUUCAGCUUUGGUGUUUUACUCCUGGAGAUCAUAAGUGGAAAGAAGAAUAGUUCAUUUUACCAAUCAGAUGGUGCUAAAGACCUUCUUAGCUAUGUUUGGAAGCAUUGGAGGGACGGCACGCCGUUGAAUAUAAUGGAUCCAACAUUUGGAGAGUCAUACUCAAGAAAUGAAGUCAUACAGUGUAUACAUAUUGGACUGUUAUGUGUUCAAGAAGAUGCUAAUGAAAGACCUACAAUGGCAUCUGUGGUGCUCAUGCUUUGUAGUUAUUCUGUUACCAUGCCAGCGCCUCAACAACCUGCAUUCUUUUUUCAUAAUCGAUCAGCGAUGAUACCAAAAGGGCUAAAAUCAGAUCAAUCUACAAGCAAGUCAAUUCCAUUGUCCGUGAAUAAAGUAUCCAUUACAGAAUUGGAGCCAAGAUAGAUGGAUACAAUGAUGGAGUUUAAGUUUACCAUCUGGUGGGAACACCUACUGAUACCGGUCAACUUAACCUCAUGGUGUAAGAAUUUUAUAUAUGUCUUAUAUUCUAUAUGUAAUAAAGAGGAAUAAGGUGAUUGAAUGAGACUAGGUAAGAGGGUUAUAUUCGUAAUUUCCCAUGCGAUUGGAAUUAGUUCAUGAUCCAUUUAUUAAGUA